CAGUCUAACUUGUCAGACUGUCCACUUCACCACCAGAAAGCAACAAAGGCAGUGCUUGGCAUAAAAAAUGGGUUCUCUCAGCACAGCAAACGUUGAAUUUUGCCUUGAUGUGUUCAAGGAGCUGAACAGUAAUAAUAUAGGAGAUAACAUCUUCUUUUCCCCGCUGAGUCUGCUUUAUGCUCUAAGUAUGAUCCUCCUUGGUGCCAGAGGAAACAGUGCAGAGCAAGUGGAAAAGGUGCUUCAUUUUAAUCAUACAGUAGAAUCAUUAAAACUAGAACUUAAGGACUCACCUAAGUGCAGUCAAACUGGAAGGAUUCAUUCAGAGUUUGGUGUCUUACUCUCUCAAAUCAGUCAACCAGAUUCUAACUAUACCCUCAGCAUUGCCAACAGACUCUAUGGGACAAAGAUGAUUUCAUUUCAUGAGCAAUAUUUAAGCUGUUCUGAGAAAUUGUAUCAAGCCAGAUUGCAAACUGUUGAUUUUGAACAAUCUGUGGAAGAAACGAGGAACUCUAUUAAUGCUUGGGUUGAAAGUAAAACUAAUGGAAAAGUCACAAACCUCUUUGGAAAGGGCACAAUUGACCCUUCCUCUGUAAUGGUCCUGGUGAAUGCCAUAUAUUUUAAAGGACAAUGGCAAAAUAAAUUUCAAGAAGGAGAAACAGUAAAAACCCCUUUUCAGCUAAGUGAAAGCAAAAAUGUAACUGUGGAAAUGAUGUAUCAAACCGGAACAUUUAGGCUGGCCCUCAUAAAAGAGCCACAGAUGCAAGUUCUUGAGCUGCCCUAUGUUAACAAUAAACUAAGCAUGAUUAUCUUGCUUCCAGAAAGCACAGCUAAUCUGGAACAGAUAGAAAAGCAGCUGAACGUGAGGACGUUUAACGAGUGGACCAAUUCUUCUAACAUGAUGGAAAGAGAAGUUGAAGUACAUCUUCCCCGAUUCAAACUUGAAAUCAAAUAUGAGCUAAAUUCCCUGUUAAAAUCCCUAGGGAUGACAGAUAUCUUCAACCAGAUCAAAGCUGAUCUUUCUGGAAUGUCACCAGCCAAGGGCCUGUAUUUAUCAAAGGUCAUCCACAAGUCAUACUUGGAUGUCAGUGAAGAGGGCACGGAGGCAGCCGCAGCCACUGGGGACAGCAUCGCUGUGAAGAGACUCCCCAUUCGAGCUCAGUUCAUGGCAAAUCACCCCUUCCUGUUCUUUAUAAGGCACAUUCACACCAACAUGAUUCUCUUCUGUGGCAAGCUCGCCUCUCCAUAAACUGAUGGGGUAAAGCAAAGCUCGGAGUCACAGAAGAAGUGCAGGGGCAAACCCACAAAGUACCCCCUGACCAAACAGUUGUUCCUCCAUCACACACCUCUGUGCCUCAGUUUCCUCAUCUGCAAAAUAGGUCUGGUAUCUCUUCCGACUUAUUUCAUGGGCUGGUGAACCUAAGCCUAUUAUAAUUGUGGAAGAAGGUACAUUUACACAAAGAGCUUUUCUGACAUUCUUAUCUUUGUGGCCUCAUUUGAUGAUAUGAUUAAGUCAGCAAGUAAAAUUUUGGAGGAUUAGAUGUUCUAGAUGUUCUGGACUUGCUUAUAUAAGUGAGAUCUUGAAUAAGUGA